CUCUACUAUCAGUCUCUUACUCACAUUCUCAUUCUCACUAUGCAUGCGCGCUAGCACCGUACUCACUCAUCGGCCCCAACGGCUGAGCCCUGCCCUACCUGGGUGUAGUAUCUUGUCUACUAUUUCUCUGGCGUAUCAGACGGGACGGCAUUCUAUGUCCGUCAGUCGGCUGCUGCACAAGAAUGGAAUAUCGACCUGCCUGCGUUGCCACUUGCAAUGCCCCGCCCAACACCAUCGCCUCAAUGGACAUGCCAGACCUCAGGAACAACACGGGGGCGAACAGUAAUUGCCCGAAGCCAUGAGCCAUGGAACCCAGUAGGAAUCCCAAAUGGAAUAUGCCUUCCAGACUGCCAACUUUCUAUUUCCCCCUUGCAGCCGCGAUCGGCGAACAAUCAAAGGCUAAUGGCGGAAAGCAUCGCGUCGGCCAAUAUGCUACGUACAGAUUCGACAUGUAUCUGUAAAAACAACCAGGAUAGAAGCAAGCAUUAGUGUUGGCAUUAGCAACUUACUCAUAUUUAUGUGAUAUUGCUGGCAUUUGGCACCGGUUCCUGGCGAGC